GCCCCUCCCCAGUGGCCACUGCUGUAUUUAGCUGAGACCUUGCCCCUCUCCAGAGAGCAAAGCCCAGUGCUCACUGAGCAGCGCCCUGAGCCUGUACUUCCCCUCGAGGACCCACUAGGACAAGUGCCGCUGACCCAGCUUCACCAUGACCAAGAAAAGGAUCGCUGUAAUUGGAUCAGGAGCAAGUGGGCUCGCCUGCAUCAAGUGCUGUCUGGAAGAGGGCUUGGAGCCUGUCUGCUUUGAAAGGUCUGAUGACAUCGGAGGACUGUGGAGGUUCCAGGAAAGCCGUGAGGAAGGAAGGGCCAGCAUUUACAAGUCCGUGGUCAUCAACACCUCUAAGGAAAUGAUGUGUUUCAGCGACUACCCCAUCCCAGACCAUUACCCCAACUUCAUGCACAACUCUCAGGUCCUCGAGUACUUUAGGAUGUAUGCUAAAGAAUUUGACCUACUAAAAUACAUCCAGUUCAAGACCACAGUGUGCAGCGUGAAGAAGCAACCUGACUUCUCUACUUCAGGCCAAUGGAUGGUGACCACUGAAUGUGGAGGGAAAAAGCAGGCGGAUGUCUUCGAUGGAGUCCUGGUUUGCACGGGCCAUCACACAGAUGCUCACCUACCCUUGGAAAGCUUUCCUGGAAUUGAAAAGUUCAAAGGAAAGUACUUUCACAGCCGAGACUAUAAGAACCCAGUAGAAUUCACUGGGAAGAGAGUCAUUAUAAUUGGCAUUGGGAAUUCUGGAGGGGAUCUGGCUGUCGAGAUCAGCCACACAGCCAAGCAGGUCUUCCUCAGUACCAGGAGAGGAACUUGGGUCCUGAACCGCGUGGGGAAACAUGGAUAUCCGAUCGAUAUGCUAAUCUCUUCUCGACUUACCUACUAUUUGUCAAAGAUCUGCAGUUCAUCGAUAAAAAAUGGAUAUUUGGAAAGACAGAUGAACCAAAGGUUUAAUCAUGAAAUGUUUGGCCUGAAGCCCAAACACAGAGCUCUGAGUCAGCAUCCAACAGUCAAUGACGAACUGCCAAACCGCAUCAUCUCUGGCUUGGUGAAGGUGAAAGGGAACGUGAAGGAAUUCACGGAGACAGCUGCCAUAUUUGAGGAUGACUCCCGGGAGGAUGACAUCGAUGUAGUCAUCUUUGCCACAGGCUACAAUUUUUCCUUUCCUUUUCUUGAAGAUUCUGUCAAAGUUGUCAAAAACAGGGUGUCCUUGUAUAAAAAGGUCUUCCCGCCUAACCUGGAAAAGCCAACUCUCGCAAUCAUCGGAUUAAUCCAGCCCUUGGGGGCUAUUAUGCCUAUUUCAGAGCUCCAAGGACGCUGGGCCACUCAAGUGUUCAAAGGGCUAAAGCAGUUACCCUCACAAAGGGAAAUGCUAGAAGAAAUAAAUAAGAGUCGAGAGGAAAUGGAAAAAAGGUAUGUGACCAGCCAGCGUCACACCAUCCAGGGAGACUACAUAGACACCAUGGAAGAGAUUGCAGAGUUGUUGGGUGUGAGGCCCAAUCUUCUGUCUCUGGCCUUCACUGACCCCAGGCUGGCACUGCAGUUACUACUGGGACCCUGUACUCCAGUCCAGUAUCGCCUACAGGGCCCUGGGAAAUGGGCUAGAGCUCGGCAAACUAUACUUACAACCGGAGAUCGUGUAAGAAAGCCUCUGAUGACGAGAAAGGUUGAAAAGAGCGAUUCUGGGGCUUCACUAAUGACAGUGCGUGUCUUCGUGCUAGCUGUUGCUUUCUUUGCUCUUCUCCUGGCUUAUUUUUAGAUGUGGUCGUGUUAGUCUUCUGGCAUUCUCUGGAAAGCCUUAUCUAGCAACACCUUCAACCUGACAAGACUGAAGACUCAGCUUCCUUCUACUCAGAAAUCUCUCUCUCUCUCUCAUAUCUAUCUAUCAUCUAUCUAUCUACCUACCUACCUACCUCUCUCUCUCUCUAUCUAUCUCUCUACCUACCUACCUACCUCUCUCUCUAUCUAUCAUCUAUCUAUCAUCUAUCUAUCAAUCUAUCUAUCUAUCUAUCUAUCUACCUACCUACCUACCUACCUACCUUGGUUUUCCUUCUGCAAUGCUGUGGUUUCAUUUAUCAAUUCAUCUUCCUUCCUCUCUUGAGCCUCCACUUUUUCCUUCUGGAAAUUCCCAGGCGAUGAAGUCAGGUCCUCUUUCAUCAUCUUUCAUAUGUCAUUAGCAGAAAUCUUUUAAAACUUGACUACUGUAUGUCUAACCUUGUAUACCUAGACUUCAGUUUGUAAUAAUACAUCUUGAAAAAGACUGCUCUUAUUAUCAAGCACAAACUGGUUACAACUUGACAUUGUAACCAAAGCCAACAUGUCUAUCUCAGGAAUUCCUGAAGAAGACAAUUCAGCAAGAAUUAAUCAUUUAUCCAGGACAGGCUCCAAAGCUACAGAGAAACCCUGUCUCGAAAAACCAAAAAAAAAAAAUAAAAAUAAAAAAAUUAAUCAUUUAGUGCUGAGGGCUGGAUGCAGAUUGCGAGAAACUCCUAACUUCAUGAUUAAUACAGUGAGGGCAUUGAAUGGCAAAAUGGAAAACAUGUCUUUAGCCAAGUUCUGAUGCGUAGCACAUGCUUAAUAAAUACUCAUUGAUAUAUAUGAAUUAAGCUGGCAUUCCCAAGUCAAUCUAAUAAAUGACUCCAUGGAGUUCUUCUCCUGAUAAAAUUCACUACCGACCAGAUGGUUAAUUUUUGUUUUCAAUAUUAUAACUGAAUAGGCCCAUCUUUAAUAUGGGUACUGGGAAUUUGACUCGGGUCCUCUUGCUUUCAUGAACAAGACCUCUCCCCAAGCCACCUCCCUAUCCCCUACUUCUGCUUUCUUUAAUAAAGAAACUACUAGACCGAGCACAGUGCCACAUACCUGGAAUUCCAGAACUUAGGAGUUCCAGGCAAAGGCUCAUCACAAGUUCAAGACCAGCCUAGUCUAAAUAGUGAGUUUCGGGCCAACUAGGUUUGCGUAGUGAGAACUUGCCUCAAAUGGCAAAAACAAAACACAAAACAAGGAAAGAAAUUGCUCAUUCAUUUAAGUCAUUGAAAGAAUUUGGCAUCUUCCAAUAGGUUGGUUGAAGAAUUUGGGGGUUUUGCUUAGCUGUCUUGGCUUGAUGUGUAAGUGCCUUUAUUAGGAUCUAGUAAGACUUUAGCUGAGAAAGUAAGUGACAGCCAGCUGCUGAGGUGGGGUCUGCCAGUAUGAUUAGUACCCCACCUCCACCCUCUCCUUCCUUCAGAGUCUACACAGUAAGAGUCAAUGAGGUCAUUUGUGUCAGAAGUUAGAAUUAAUUUUUACUGACAUUAAUAUUAACUAGGGCAUUCUUUCUAGACCAGUUCUUGUGUGCUACAGCGUCAUUCAGAAAAACAGGAAAUGAACUGUGUGGCAAGCUGUCUUGUCGGGCUACCUUUGGACCACCAGCCCGCAAAUAAGGACUCAGAGACUUAUUAUUAAUUAGGAAGACUUAGCCUUAGCUCAGGCAUUCCCCCAACAUAAUUAACCCAUUUUUAAAAAUUCUUUUUUCUGACACAUGGCUCCGUUACCUCUUUUUAGUACAGCACACCCGACUCCCUCUGAGUCUGCUAGUAAAAUCGUGCAACUAGAUUCCUCCUCCCAGUUUCUCUCUCUCUGCCGGGAAGUCCAGCCUCUACCCUCUACCUCCUGCCUAGCUAUUGGUCUGUUAGCAGCAUUAUUAUUAUUAUUAUUAUUAUUACACCAAUCACAGCAUCUUCACACAGUGUACAAAUAUCCCACGACAGAACUGAACUUCAGAAGUUAAGAAGCAUCAGCUUAUAUGCACAGCCUGGAUGCCGAGACUGGGGGGGGGGAUGAGGGGGAGGGUGCCGGGAUUAAGACAUGGAGGCUUCUUUUCAGGUAGAAGAACAGCAAUCUCUAUUUUGUCCUGAGCCUUUUAUACAUCCACUGCUUCUGUGGAAAACCUCAGACCAGAAAGAACACAAACAUCCUUGUCAAUUACAGACCACAAGGAAGUUCCGCUGUCAGUCAGGGCGAGUGAGGGCAGCUAGAUCACAACACUAUCAGGACCACUGAACUUCCUGACUUCCUGGGCAUAGGUAUCUUCAGAAACAACUGCUGUGUAGUGUGUCUCUAAAUGGACUGCUGUCAAUCACUGAAGGAGGGGAUAAGUUUGAGCAGCUCGAAGAGCAGCAUUAGAAUAACACAAAUUUACAGAAGCAAAUAUGUAAGAAUUCAAACUCUUUCCUAAUUUUGCAUGUAUUUGGACAGCUGCCUAACAUUUUUCAUGAUGUACAUUCUGUGAACUUCAGCACUGAGCCCUGGUAUGGUUCCUGGGGUCUUUUUCCUUCCCUAAUCCUUUUGAAAUGGUCUCUCAUUAUUAAAAUGGAUCUGAGAUUUUCUUUUAA